AUGACUGGCACCUCCAUAUUACAGGUCGAGGGCCCUUACGUUGUGAUAGCACGCCUGCGCAUGUCACUGGUUCCGACAAGGCGGUGGCAGCCGUUACAGGUGGUUCUAGAGCGGUUCAGAAUGGUUGGGGUGAAGGGGAACGGGUUGAUCCAGCCGUCUUUAGCGAUGAACAGCCGAGGGAGGGGGAUCGUGGCAGUGUCGCUGGCAGGGCCGUCUUAUUACCCCUCUGCUGCGUAUGCGACUGUGAACGGAGAGACAGCGGCGGGAGACGUGGUGGUUGCUGGUGCUGGCGGGGCAGCAUUGGAUGACUACUCGGGGUACAUGGGGUUUUCUGAAGCAGUGCGGUAUGGCGACUACAUGACAGCAGAGGUUGACGAGGCAGAGAACGCCCGCUUAUCAGUCCUGCUUCCAUCCAUUUCUCCGCUUCUCCUCCCUCCCCCAUUCCAGGCAGUGCGAUACGGAGACUACAUGACAGCAGGCAUUGACGAGCAGGGGAAUGCGUGGGGCGCCGUGCAGUAUGUGCCGGGGAGGCCACGAACGCACUGGACCAACUGGGCUACCUACAUCUUCAAGGUCACACUGUGA